AGAACUUAAUAGCAUUAAUAUCUUCCAGAGACAACCUUCAGACGAUCAUCUCUUCAUAUUUAUUCCAAUCGAGUAGAGAAGCGCCAAGAUGGUCAAUGGAUUAAGCAUGUUGAUGCUGGCCAAGAACUCUGUUCUUCCUAGAAUCUGUCGGACAUAUUCUCCAUGUUAUGCCAUCCCUCGGGCCCCCUCCUCCUUGUCAAGGAUGCGAGAAGUGGCCUGCCGUGGCGUGUCUUCCGUAGCCGGAGUAGCACUUAAGUUAGACUCUGGGAUCUCUCACCCACGACCUCAUUCCGAGAUCCCGGGCCCUAUGGCAUGGCCAAUUUUGGGCACCAUGCCUUCCAUGUUUACUGACCCAGUAUAUGAUUCCACACGGAUGCCGCGACUCUGGGAAUCUUACUUCAAGAAAUACGGCAGAAUCUUUAAGUUAAACCUCCUGGGGCAGGGGGAUGUAAUCUUCGUGUCUGAUCCUGUAGAUAUUGAACAUAUCUAUAAGGAGACGUUUGAGAACCCUAUCAGACCAUUCUUCGAAUCUCUGAAGAAAAUUCGCAUGAACAACAAGAAGAAAUAUUUUAAGGAAAAUGAAACUGGAAUCUUCACAGAGUAUGUAACUCACCAACUGGUGUCAGAUAUUUUACCUAGAUCAAUAAAAUUUAUCAUGAACAAUUAAAGACAAGGCUGAAUGACAAAACUAACACGAAAUUCCUGGAAAUGAAUAUCAUUUACAACAAAAUGUCUAUACAUUAUAUGUAUUGUAUAGGGAUAUGUUGAAGCUAGACACGGGGAAAUAUGAAUGAAUAAUGAUGAGAUCAGUAAGGUGGGUGAGUAUUUGUGAGUGUAAUAGGUGGCUGUGAUGAAAUGAGAAUAUCAUUAGAUUUAAUGAUGAAGUCGGAGUGUAAGAUCAUUACACAGGUGAUAUAUAUCUAGAAGAGGUGAUUACAUUAUUGGUGAUGCUCAGAAAACUACAGGUACUGAUUUGGUACACUGUAUGCAUACAUCACAAAUUGCUGUGAAGUAAAAGGAAUUAUAUGAAUUUGGAAGUUUUGUCAUAAGGCAUUGAAUACUGACAGUGUGUUAUAUGAUUGGCAAUGA